AUGUCUGCAAACGGAGGAGAGAGCACUGCCAGUAUAGAAAUGGAGAAGUCCAAAGUUACUGAGAGCACUGUUGCCAUCAAGGUGACAAGCCAGGAUGGAAAGGAGACCUUUUUCAGGAUUAGACGUGAGAGCCAAAUGAAGAAACUUCUGAUUGCUUACUGCCAGAAGUUUUUUCUGAACUACCAAGCAACCCGCUUCUUUUAUGAAGGAGAUUACUUCAAUCAUAACAAAACUCCUAAUGAGCUCGGAAUGGAAGAUGAUGUUGUGAUUGAGUGCUUGGUCGAACAACUUGGAGGUGGUGGUAUGAGUUCUUCAUCAAAGAUGGCAGAUUAA